AUGACAUCGCCUCAGAAAGGGUCCUCUGUACAAAUGACACAGAUGAUGGAGACUUGCUCCUCCAUUUUGCCUGCCACACAGCUGAAAAUUGCCUCUGCUUUUUGGGCUGGAGCUUCAGCUGACAGCUACCAACCAACAAAUCUCCAGCCACACGCUGAGUACUAUGUACAACAAUGCAGAGCCGCGUAUCAUGCUCUCCGAUCAUGUCUCCCUGUUACGAAACACGAUGACAUUUUGCUUGUGGUUCAAAAGAUAAAGGAAGGGUUACAGCGCCACGAGAUCAUUGAUAAUUGCGACUCUCUUGCCGGCAACAUCACGGCAAACUCGAAAAUCGAAAAAUCGGAGAUGCUAGGAAAGACUCUGGACCUAGUCGCCAGCUUGCUCCUGAUGGUAGAUGUUGGGAAGCCACCGGUAGAUAGAAUCUGGACCGGGCGCUCGUACCGAUGCUGGGACCAGGGGGACGUGUAUAGCUUCACUGCGAGCAUUUUCCCCGUUCAAACCUCUGCCCGCAAUGAGAGAAUCCAGCUCAGCGAUGAUUUCAACGCACGAAAUCUGAGCGUGAUUGCAGGAUUGAAGGUCGAGCUCACGAACAACCUCCUGGAUCACCUUGAAGUCGUUGAUUUUAGAGGCCACACCACCGUCAUGAUUUUCCACCACGCUUCGUUUCUUAAAAAUCAAGAACACCCGCUGUUUCCCGCUGGCUUCGUCGAAGAAACAAUCCAGACACUGGCGUUACUGUUCCCACAGAAUAGCUGGUAUAAUGAGAGCAUCAAAUGGUACGAGAAGCAUUUGAAGCCGGGUUUGGCUGAUGCAGACUCCAACGUUUUAGACUGCGGUCAAUUGCUAAUGAGGGAUAUCAACGAAUAUCGAUACUGGCAUGACAAGCUUCUCAGAUUGAAGGAAUUGUUUGAUUCGGCCAAGCCGAGAACAAUGCGACAGUGGUGGAACGAUAGAAGAGAAGGCACACAGUGGUACGGCCUCUGGGUCGCAGUCGGAUUUACUGUGUUCUUUGGGUUAGUUCAAAGCAUCGAAGGGGCAAUUCAGGUUUAUAAAGCGUAUAAUCCAGAGACUGGAACUGACCUUUGA